AUGGACGUAUCUCGUGCCAAGUACCGAUCGAAGAUUGACUUGUCCGAUGCAUAUGAACAAAUACGUCCAGCGGCGGAGGACGUCUGGAAAACAGUGUUCUCCACCCCAUACGACUCAGACAAGAUGAGCCAUAUUUGCGAAUGGCGAAUACCUCGAUCUUACAAAGAAGUACAACAAUUCCUAGGGCUCGUGAACUACUUGGGACACUUCAUGCCCGAUGUAAUGGUGUUCACUUCGCCGUUGUCGGACAUGGCUCACAACGACCGAGCAUUCGUAUGGCGCCCAAUGCACACCAAAUGCUUCGAAAUGAUCAAAGCUUUGGCGUGUAAGGCACCCAUCCUGAAGCCAAUCGAUUCACGUCUACCAGAACCCAUCUGGGUGAUAUCUGAUGCGUCGUUAUACGGCAUUGGAGCGAUGUACAGACAGGGACCAGACUGGCGAACAUGUCGCCCGACUGGUUUCCUGUCGAAGAAAUUCACGAGUGCGCAACGUGCUUAUAAAACAUAUGAACACGAGGCACUCACGAUACUGGAAGCUCUUCUCAAGUGGGAGGACAAAUUACUCUGCCGACCGAUAAUGAUCGCGACCGACCAUCAGGCAUUGAAGUACUUCGAAGGCGUAACCAAUCCAAUGAAUCGACAGAUUCGUUGGAAUGAGUACAUGUCUCGAUUUCAAUACAAAAUCCAGGAUGUAGAAGGCGCGACCAAUAAGGUCGCAGACUGUCUAUCGAGGUACUACGAGAACGACAAUGCGGAUGAAUUCGCACCCAUCCAGGACUAUGUGAACGCAGAUGUUCAUCUAGACCCUGAGUGGGAUGACCUACCCUCCAACUGCAUUGCUGAGCUGCGUGCCGGAACUAUUCAGCGCUCAGCACAGCUGCCCAAGGAUGUGCAGGAGUCAAGGGAUCAGGAGGCCAGUGAGAUGGCCUCCCACCUGCCUCUAGUGACACCAGCUCUAGGUGCAAAGGACGAGGACCCAACGAUAGCUGAAUCACGUACCAACGGACCUCCACUGAAGGCCCAUUUGGAACAGGAUACCCCAUUCCUGGCCGCAGUCCAAAAGGGCUAUGGCGAGGACCCGCUAUUCACUAGUAGGCAGCCCCAAUAUAUACAAUAUCCCCACGAAGAGCCAGCUUUAUUGUGCACGCAGUGGAUAACCAACCCCACCAGCUCAUCAAUGUUCGAUAAGUGGGUGGCGUGGUACGCACAGAACCCAAGUCAGGUUCACUGGGCCAUCAGACACUUGAAAAAUAAUCACUCGGAGGCCCCCUUACACCAGGACCUGGAGGUGAUGUGGCUUGCACGCCACAUGGCCCCCAUCAUCCCACCUGGUAUACCCGCAACGGCCCGCAAUGUGUUCAUCGAGCACACUGCAGAGCUUUUCUCCAUCCCCGGACUGUAUGUGUGGAUCGUACAGGUUGGGCAUUACCCCGUGGCCAACAACAACAAGCCAGCCCCGUUUCCCCGCUCGUUCACACAAAAUUUGUCCGUCUACAAUGUCGCACAAUGGUACGCUGCCCGCGGAUUCCAUCCCAUGCGGAUUGGAUUCCUCGAGAAGUUCCACCGUCGACAUCGCAACUACAUCCUCGGACAGGUUCUCGAAGAUGUGACCCCAUUCGAGGGACACUUCCCGGCGGACCUUCGUGAUGGACGUGCUCGACCGCUGCCAGACCCCAAACCACCCACACCCAGUGCUGGCAACGCUCCUGCUGGCAGCAGUGAGCUGGGUCCCAACCCUGGAGCGACCCCCGAGGCCGGUGACCCUGACCAUGACAUGGGUGGCCACUAG